AUAACAGUUGCUAGAUGUUUCUAGUAAAUGCUAGUAUGAACAAUCUUCUUUUUUUUUUUUACUAUAAAUAAAUAUUCAUAGUUUCAUCUUUUUGCUUAACUAAUAUUUUUUGCUUCAAAAGAUUUGGAAAUCGACGUUUGAUCGGAGAAGAAAUGGUGAAGUGUUAUCCGACGGUGAGCGAAGAGUAUCAAAAAGCAGUUGAAAAAUGUAAGAGGAAGCUCAGAGGACUUAUCGCCGAGAAGAAUUGUGCUCCGAUUAUGCUGAGAUUAGCAUGGCAUUCAGCAGGGACAUAUGAUGUCAAAACCAAAACUGGCGGUCCAUUUGGAACAAUCAGGCACCCUAAUGAACUUAAACAUGGAGCUAACAAUGGUCUUGAUAUUGCUGUUCGACUUUUAGAGCCGAUCAAGGAACAGUUCCCAAUCCUAUCCUACGCUGACUUUUAUCAGUUGGCUGGAGUAGUUGCUGUUGAAGUUACGGGAGGCCCCGAUAUUCCUUUUCAUCCUGGGAGACAGGACAAGACAGAACCACCUCCAGAAGGCCGCUUGCCUGACGCCACCAAAGGCUCAGAUCAUCUGAGGGAGGUUUUUGGACACAUGGGAUUGAGUGAUAAAGACAUUGUUGCUUUAUCUGGUGGUCACACUCUGGGAAGGUGCCACAAAGAACGCUCGGGAUUUGAGGGAGCAUGGACCAACAACCCUCUCAUAUUUGACAAUUCCUAUUUCAAGGAGCUUUUGAGUGGAGAGAAAGAAGGUCUCCUCCAGCUACCAUCAGACAAAGCACUCUUAGAAGAUCCAGUCUUCCGCCCUCUAGUCGAGAAAUAUGCUGCAGAUGAAGAUGUAUUCUUUGCUGAUUAUGCUGAAGCUCAUUUGAAGCUCUCGGAGCUUGGAUUUGCAGAUGCUGAGUAAGGUGUGGUGAGAUCAGUCUGGUUCUUCCAAUUUUUCAUUUGUACUAUUUGUGUAUUUAAAACUUUAAAGGUCUAAAAACCAGCUUUACAUAUAUUAUAUGAUUGAAGAAUAUUGUAUGGCUAUUAGUCUUGUAAUAAUGCAACUUUUGUGUCUUUAUGUUUGUUGCUAGUAUAAACAAUAUAUUAAGUAAGGGUAAAA